CAGUCCUUUUAACAUGCCUAUUUGGUGUGUCGAUGUCAGGAAAUAUGACUCCAAAAGCAGACAAUGCAAUACCAUCAACAGUUGAAACGACGAAACCAGUUAUCAAUAAAAACGUUGCAUCAGCUGCUACUAAACCGAUUACCACAAUAACAACACCACUCCUAUCCCCUGUAAUACAAAGAGCCCGGCUAGCUUAUUCACAACCGACAAACACAGUAACAACACCACUCCUAUCCCCGGCAAUACAAAGAGCCCGGCUAGCUUAUUCACAACCGACAAACAAAGUAACAACACCAUCUACCUCCACUACAACAACGAGCCCAGACUGUAAAAUAUCACAGGCCAGUCGAUGUUUAGUUGACAUCAGCCAGAGAAUAAUUGCUGAGAUAAUCUUACCUGGAAACCAUAGUGCCAUUUGUAGUGAGGUUUCUACAACGAUCAGAUGUGUCCAUGAAUCUGUUGCUUCGUGUCAUCCUAACUGGUGGGCCAGAUUCAACAUGACAUUAGAGGCGACCAUUUCACAAAUCAAAGGGACGUGUGAAUCACCAACCCCCGCACCAACUGUACCUCCAUGUCCGACAGAACCACCAAAUUGUGGAGUUGAUGCAAGUGUCAGAUGUGUAGUGGAAUUCAAUGAGAGAAUACUAAAUGUUCUUGGAGGCCCAGAUGGAGAACUGGAAGCAAUCUGCAGAGAGCGAGAGACAGCCAAGAGAUGUGCCAUGGAUGCCUCUGCUUAUUGCUCUCCUUGUUCCUCUCAACGGGUUAAUGCCAGUUUAAACUUCGUGUUAAGACAAAUUCGAGAUUUCUGUGCAGUUGUAGUACAAAUAAUAGCAAAGUCUACUAAUACCACCACAACUCCAAGUCUAAACUCAACUUCCACAUUUCCACAAACUACAAUGCCUCAUUCAAGAUGGAACGAAACAACGGAGCAAAACACCACAACAAUACCGUCUUACACAUCACCUCCAACAUCAACGUAUACGCCAUCUACCAGAAUAACACCACCGAACACAACGACGGAGCAAAACACCACAACAAUACCGUCUUACUCAUCACCUCCAACAUCAACGUAUACGCAAUCUACCAGAAUAACACCACCGAACACAACGACGGAGCAAAACACCACAACAAUACCGCCUUACACAUCACCUCCAACAUCAACGUAUACGCCAUCUACCAGAAUAACACCACCGAACACAACGACGGGGCAAAACACCACAACAAUACCGUCUUACUCAUCACCUCCAACAUCAACGUAUACGCAAUCUACCAGAAUAACACCACCGAACACAACGACGGAGCAAAACACCACAACAAUACCGCCUUACACAUCACCUCCAACAUCAACGUAUACGCCAUCUACCACAAUAACACCAACGAACACAACGACGGAGCAAAACACCACAACAAUACCGCCUUACACAUCACCUCCAACAUCAACGUAUACGCCGUCUACCAGAAUAACACCACCGAACACAACGACGGAGCAUAACACCACAACAAUGCCGCCUUACACAUCACCUCCAACAUCAACGAAUUCGCCAUCUACCAGAAUAACACCACCGAACACAACGAAGGAGCAAAACACCACAACAACACCGCCUUACACAUCACUUCCAACAUCAACGUAUUCGCCAUCUACCAGAAUAACACCACCGAACACAACGACGGAGCAAAACAUCACAACAAUACCGCAUUACACAUCACCUCCAACAUCAACGUAUACGCCAUCUACCAGAAUAACACCACCGAACACAACGACGGGGCAAAACACCACAACAAUACCGUCUUACUCAUCACCUCCAACAUCAACGUAUACGCCAUCUACCAGAAUAACACCACCGAACACAACGACGGAGCAAAACACCACAACAAUACCGUCUUACUCAUCACCUCCAACAUCAACGUUUACGCCAUCUACCAGAAUAACACCACCGAACACAACGACGGAGCAAAACACCACAACAAUACCCCCUUACACAUCACCUCCAACAUCAACGUAUACGCAAUCUACCAGAAUAACACCACCGAACACAACGACCGACCAAAACACCACAACGAUGGGGCAAAACACCACAACAAUACCGCCUUACACAUCACCUCCAACAUCAACGUAUAUGCCAUCUACCAGAAUAACACCACCAAACACAACGACGGAGCAAAACACCACAACAAUACCGCCUUACACAUCACCUCCAACAUCAACGUAUAUGCCAUCUACCAGAAUAACGCCUCCGAACACAACGACGGGGCGAAACACCACAACAACACCGCCUUACAAAUCACCUCCAACAUCAACGUAUACGCCAUCUACCAGAAUAACACCACCGAACACAACGACGGGACAAAACACCACAACAAUACCGUCUUACUCAUCACCUCCAACAUCAACGUAUACGCAAUCUACCAGAAUAACACCACCGAACACAACGACCGACCAAAACACCACAACAACACCGCCUUACACAUCACCUCCAACAUCAACGUAUUCGCCAUCUACCAGAAUAACACCACCGAACACAACGACGGGGCAAAACACCACAACAAUACCGCCUUACACAUCACCUCCAACAUCAACGUAUUCGCCAUCUACCAGAAUAACACCACCGAACACAACGACGGGGCAAAACACCACAACAAUACCGCCUUACACAUCACCUCCAACAUCAACGUAUACGCCAUCUACCAGAAUAACACCACCGAACACAACGAUGGAGCAAAACACCACAACAAUACCGCCUUACACAUCACCUCCAACAUCAACGUAUACGCCAUCUACCAGAAUAACACCACCGAACACAACGACGGGGCAAAACACCACAACAAUACCGCCUUACACAUCACCUCCAACAUCAACGUAUACGCCAUCUACCAGAAUAACACCACCGAACACAACGACGGAGCAAAACACCACAACAAUACCGCCUUACACAUCACCUCCAACAUCAACGUAUACGCCAUCUACCAGAACAACGCCUCCGAACACAACGAUGGGGCAAAACACCACAACAAUACCGCCUUACACAUCACCUCCAACAUCAACGUAUAUGCCAUCUAUCAGAACAACGCCUCCGAACACAACGAUGGGGCAAAACACCACAACAAUACCGCCUUACACAUCACCUCCAACAUCAACGUAUACGCCAUCUACCAGAAUAACACCAACGAACACAACGACGGAGCAAAACACCACAACAAUACCGCCUUACACAUCACCUCCAACAUCAACGUAUACGCCAUCUACCAGAAUAACACCACCGAACACAACGACGGAGCAAAACACCACAACAAUACCGCCUUACACAUCACCUCCAACAUCAACGUAUACGCCAUCUACCAGAAUAACACCACCGAACACAACGACGGAGCAAAACACCACAACAAUACCGUCUUACUCAUCACCUCCAACAUCAACGUAUACGCCAUCUACCAGAACAAAACCACCGAACACAACAUGGUCUGAAAUAACUUUGUCAAAUACAACAUGGACUACUACUACUACUACAGCAUAUAAUACAACAUGGGUCGAAAUAACAUCACCUUACACAAAUUAUACACCAGAGACAAUAUCAUGGCAUACAAGGAUACCAACCACCCCAGAACCUAGUUUCCCUCCGCCGCCACCAAGCAUGGUUCCUAUUAAUAGUAAGUUUAUAAUUCAGCAUAAUGGCGGCUUGGGCAAUUUAUAUGAUUUUCCACUUCUUCAUUUUAACAUUACAAGAUUCAGGAAAGGGAGCAUAAUAGCUGAAUUCUUUCUUGUAUAUUACGUAUAUAAUUAUCUCGGCCUGCCAAAAAAUGGUACUGAAACUAUCAGAGCACGUAUUAACAACGUUAUUCAAUCAAUGGCAGAUAAGAACAUACCAACACGUGCAUUUGGCAUUAAUGGAACGAUCACGAAUCUUACCGUAGACAGAGCCUACCUUCAAGAUGUGACAUAUCGACAGAUAAAUGAGGCAAGUGCGUGUACAGGGGACAUUCUUCGAUGUGAAUAUGGACACAGAUGUUAUUACUACAAUGGUGAAUAUGGCUGUUACAGUAUGUGUCAACGUAUCCCUUUUGGCACAUGGAGUCCUGAAGACAGUGAUAGAUGUAAUGGCGGAAGGUGUUCUAUAAGCGGGGGCUAUAAUGCCUCACUGACCACUGUUUGCAGAUGCAGUUAUGGUUUCCAUCGAUUAGAAGGAAGAUGCAUCUCAGUCGCUAUUAUUGCUGGAUGUAUAGGUGGCGCUGGGGUGAUAUUAAUCAUCAUUUUAAUCGCGUGUGUUGUCAGGUCAAGGUCAUCCAAAUCAGUUGGCGACCCCGAAUCGAGGCCAGAUACGUACUCCAAGGAACAAGAUGUCUUUAAUACAGAGCAGGUCACACGUCGUCAACUCUUACGUCACUUAUCAAUUUCAAUAGGCAGUAGGGAGCGAGCAGAUGAUGACAUUCCUGAUGAAAUUAACAAGGAUGAUGGACCAAAAAGCAAGAAGUACAAUCUAAGUGACAGCCUGAAACUCAGACUGGAGAAAGAACUUUUACCACCUAAGGAUGACGUCGACACGAGUAAAGAUGCGAGUUAA